UUUUUUAAGGGAUGAUAAAGCACACACAUAAAUAGAUUCUGUGUCUGAGUCAUUAGACCUUUAUGGCGUUAUGUGUUAGAAAUGAGUCAUUUAUUGUUGAAGGGAAGAUGCAGCUGUUACGUUUUCUAGAGAGAUAAGACCUCUGUAGUAUUUUCUAUAAGUGGAAAAAGUCAAAUGAGCUGUCCAUUCAGCUGUUGUUCAGCAGCUGACUGUUAUAGUAAGGCAUAAAAUAUAAUUGUGCUGAUUGUAGUAAAUCUUUCAAGGUAUAUAUUUCAAUGAAACACUACCUAUGGUUGAAAAUAAACCAUGAUUUCAAUAAACUUGAGUGAUGUUAUAACUGUGUAUAUCUUGCAUUCAAAUAGUUGUCUUUUUGUCAUUCAAAGAAAAGUAUGUAAUAUAUGAGUAAAAAGCAUACUCUGAGCAAAGUACAGUCUUUCAUCAAGGUGCGUUAAAUAGCUUCAGAUUUCCUUUGUAUUACCACCAUAUAUGCUCCCAGUCUAAACUUUGAAUUUUCACCAUAUGCGUAAAUUUUCCAAAUUCAUGGUUCUUAAACUACUUGAUUAAUUUGGAUCUUUUACCUAAAAUUGAGAUUUAAAAAAUUGUUUUUGUUAAGAUCUGUUAAAUAAUGUACAUGUGCUAUAUUACAUUUGUUUUUUUUCUCUUGUCUGUUCUACUUAUUAGGUUCUGUCUUCAGUUUAGUUUUACAGCAGCUAAUACGGUUUUUAAAAUAAUCAGAUGUGAGGGAAUUGGUGAUGUUUAUAGAUGAUCUGAAAUGCGGAAUGAUUGUUUGGAAGUGGGAGGUAGACCUAAUUUUAAAUUAUUGUUAAAAACAGUGCUUUACCUGAAUAACUUAUACUUUAAGAAUUGUUUAUUUCUAAAUAAAUACAACCAAAUCAGUGAUAAGAAGCGGCUCAAAAUUCAUUUUUUUAAAUCUGUAUCUUAAAAAAUGCUGAUGUAUGUAAUAAAAAUUAUUUUAGAAUAGAGAUAAUUUAUAUAGUAAAGUCAAGGUCUUUUUAAUAUCUCUGUGACUAAAACUUCAUUUAUAGUCUGUAGCAAGGCAAGGUAUUAAGCAACUUUCUGACAAAGUAAACAGUAAUUGCAGCUGACAAGUUGAUUAGCAAUACUUGUAUUUGAGAAUACUGAUAAAGUGUAUGUUUAUGAUCUUGCUCAUAGCUGUCUUACUGAGGGUCAGAUUCUGCCGUCCUUCCUCAUGUCAAGUAAUUUCUUACAUUGCAAGUAAUCUCACUGAUUAAAUGUGGAGAGUGAUGGCAAAACCUGACCAUAGUGACUAAAAGCAACAGUUGCUUCUUUCAGUCUUUGACAGCUGUGAGAACAACUCUUUAUUUUUUUCCAAACCAUGCAUCCUAAAUUCCAACCUGUAAGACUAGGUACCUAUAUUUAGCUAGUGAGAUUAAGUUGCAGAGGCUUCAGGCAGGGCAAAGCACAUUGGUCUGUCUUUUUUACAGACAGACAUUUGGGCAGACAACAGCUAAAGCUUUCUGCUCCCUCCCUUCCCCACGUAUUUGCAAAAUGGAUUCCCAAAGGGAACUCACUGAAGAACUCAGACUCUACCAAUCCACCCUUCUUCAGGAUGGCCUCAAAGAACUCCUGGAAGAGAAAAAAUUUGUAGAUUGCUCCCUAAAAGCUGGUGACAGAAGUCUGCCUUGCCACAGAUUGAUUCUGUCAGCAUGUAGCCCUUAUUUUCGUGAGUAUUUCUUAUCUGAGCAAAAUGAAGAGAAAAAGAAGGAGGUAGUUCUAGAUAACGUUGAUCCCAACAUCCUGGAUAUGAUUGUCAAAUACCUUUAUUCAGCAACUAUUGAUCUUAAUGAUUCUAACGUGCAAGAUAUUUUUGCUUUGGCCAGUCGCUUCCAGAUCCCUUCUGUAUUCACCGUGUGUGUCUCCUAUCUUCAGAAGAGGCUUGCUGUCGGUAACUGUCUGGCUAUCCUUCGAUUAGGUGUUCUGCUUGAUUGCCCAAGACUUGCAUUUUCUGCCCGUGAUUUUGUCUCAGAUCAUUUUGUGCAGAUCUGCAAAGAAGAGGACUUCCUGCAGCUUGCACCAAAUGAACUUAUCUCAGUUAUUUCACCUGACAGCUUAAACGUAGAGAAGGAAGAACUGGUAUUUGAAGCAGUAAUGAGAUGGGUUCGGUCAGACAAGGAGAACAGAGUAAAGAGCCUAGGAGAAGUUUUUGACUGCAUACGUUUUCGUCUUAUGCCAGAAAAAUAUUUCAAAGAACACGUUGAGAAGGAUGAUAUAAUUAAAAGCAACUCAGAUAUUCAGAAAAAAGUAAAGAUUAUUAAGGAUGCUUUUGCUGGAAAACUGCCUGACUCUAGCACAAAUAAAGAAAAGUCAAACAAAGGGGAAGUAAAUGGUGAUGUAGGAGAUGAAGAUUUGCUGCCAGGCUACUUAAAUGACCUUCCCAGGCACGGCAUGUUUGUCAAAGACCUAAUUCUCCUGGUUAAUGACACUGCUGCGGUAGCUUAUGAUCCUCUCGAAAAUGAAUGCUAUCUGGCAGCCCUGGCAGAACAGAUUCCCAGAAACCAUUCCAGUAUAGUCACCAAACAAAAUCAGGUCUACAUUGUUGGAGGACUGUAUGUGGAAGAGGAGAACAAAGAUCAGCCUUUCCAAUCGUACUUCUUCCAGGUAUAA